AUGGUGCCUGCUUUUGCUGCUUUAAUGGCAUCCAGAUUGAGAACAUGGAGAUUGGCUGCGCAGCCAAGGAGACGCUGCUCUGUCUCUCCUGCGACUUCUGCCUCAAGAGCGGUGCCGAGAAGCUCCGCUGCUUCUGCAUGGACAUCCGCUUCGAGUCGCCCAAGGUAUGCAUCAAACAGUGCCUUUGGUCAAACAACCCAGAGUGUUGAUGGGAAAGAAUUUGCUUGGAUCACAUACUUAAUUAUAUAUGCGUAUACUUGA